GUAUAUAUUUGUUUACUGAGAAGAAAAGAUAAAAAUUAAAUAUCAUUUCUUUUUUUAAAGAAUGUGAAAAUUACGAUUAAUCUAAUUAAUUAUUUUUAAAGAACGAUACGUUGAUUUCAUAAACUUUGCAUGACGUCCGUCUUCGUCAUCAUCCAAAAAUAUCAAAAGACUUGUCGUGUAAAAAUCGAUUGAUGUGUAUUUUAAAAAAUUAAGUUAUUUAAUUCAAUUUAGAAUUGUGUGUAUUGCAAUUAUUAUAAUGGAUAAAACAAUAUCGAUAGCCGAUGGAUGGGAAUUACCACCUCUUCGUAGUUUAUAUGAUUUUCUUUUGGAAUCCUCACGUUUUCAACUCCCUAAUUUUAGAGAUUUAGAAAAAUGGGGUAAUAGAGUAGCAAAUAAUCUUGUAUAUUAUCAAACCAAUUAUCUUUAUAUGUGUAUUGCUAUUAUACUAGUUAUAGCAUCAGUGCAUCCAGUGAAAAUGAUUGUUGGUAUAACAGCAGCAAUGGCAAUAUGGGGUGAAUGUAUUUAUUUAUUUAGUGAAAAAGAAUCAUUGCUUAAAUUUAAACGAACAUAUCCUCAAGUUGGAGUAAUUCUUACUAUUAUUUGUGGAUCUUUUGUUAUUUAUACCAUAAAUUCAGUUCUUUUUGUAUUAUUUGGUAUUUUAUUGUCAUUUUGUGUGAUUUUUAUACAUGCAUCUUUGAGAUUAAGAAACGUGAAGAACAAACUUGCUAACAAAAUAGAGGGUAUGGGAUUGAAACGUACGCCAAUGGGAGUUAUCUUAAAUUAUUUUGGUAUGAAAGAAGAAUUCUUUACAUAAAUUGGUAUUGAUUCAAUUGUUAAUGAAAGAACAUACGAGUGGUAUAACCUUGCGCACACAAAAAACCUGUAAUCAAUCGCUUCACUAAUAAUCAGCUUCAUACAACAAAUUGUAACAACGUUUGGCAGUGAAUAUGUGUCAUUAACAGUCGGAUGCUGCUAAAGUCACAGAAAAAUGUUUGUGGAUAAUUAGGUGAGAAUUAUAUAUAUAAAAAAUUUUACAUAGUUGCAAAGAACAGAACUACAUUUUGAAUUUACUCACACAAAAAUUCUUUCUUACUAUUAAUAUCUAUAUUAUAAAAUAAUAAUUAUAUUUAAGUAUAGCUGCAACAAAUAUGAACUAUGUAAAUUAUCCUAAAAAUAGGUUGUCUAUUUGUAAGUCAUAUGAAUAUAACUGACAUAUAUUGUACUGAACAUAUACAUGUAAUAUAAAAUAAUAUAAAUAAAUAAUUUUAUGUAAUUUGUA